CCCCCUCCUCUGGUCCGCUCGCUCGCUCGCUCGCUCUCCACUCGUCCCGCGCCGGCCGCCGCCGCCACCAUCGCGCCUCGCCGUCGCUUGAGAUUCACCCGCCGACGGUAGAAUCCCCGCCAUGGCCGGAUCCGCCCCUCUAGGGGACGGACGGCCGGCUUGGGGCACCGACAGGCGACAGCGACGGGCCGAGCCGGAAUAGGCAGCCUCCGCGCCUGGCCGCGGCGCCCUCCUCCAGCUGGGGGCGUCACUCAAGCUGCCCGCGCCGCCGCCGCCCUGCGCUCGCGACGCAGCUGCCCCCAUGUCGUCGUCGCCGCUGCGUUGCCGCCCGCCGGCCCCUACUCUCAUGCGCACACCGUCUCCCUCCCACGAUCUCUUUCUCCUGCGCCGCUCCUCCUUCAUUACUCACAGCGGCCUGCUCCUCUCCACCGAGCCCCACCACGGCUCCACUGCCGUGGCCUCGAUCCAUGAGCCCCACCGCCACUGCAGGAGCUCGAGAACCCUGCAGGAGCUCAAGAACUGCCCGUGGAAGGCCAGAUCUUGCCGGUCUGAGCUGCUGCAGCCAGCGGCCCUCCUCGAUCGAUCUUUACUUCUUCCAUAGCAAGAUCCGUAGCACCCUGCCAACACUCCGCAUGCCAAAAAAAUUCUCUCUUUAAUAGAUGCGAGUUCAUCCUGAUGCCAACACGAUUCUUUAUCUGUUUGUUUUUUUAUUUAGAUUUGCAGACGGUGGAGACAUCUGCUCUGUCCUGGUACCACCACCAAUGUGUGCUCUGGUCUGUCCGGCUGUCCCUGCUCCCCGUGCAGCAGGAGCACGACGAGGCGGAAGGACCGGCGGUGAGAUAGGAGCGCGGAAGCAGCACUUGCCGCCGCCUGCACCCCGCUGCUGCUGGGCGAGUUCAAGGUGGCGGGCGCAGCGGGCGGCUCGGCCGGCACCGAGGCCGCGGGGGACGACGGCGGCUCCGACAGCGCACACCUCUCGGCGACGCUCCUGGCGGCCGGCGCGGCACGGGGCGAGGCGGCCGCGGGGGAGUUUAGGAGGCGGCGCGUGGGAGAGGCGGGCGAGCCCGGGGAGAUUGGUUUAUUUCGCUGACAGCUGCGUCUCAGAUUGAGUUAGGGGCCAUUAUUAUUUGGUCGGGCGGCUGGCUGGAGUUGCUCUUAGGCUGACCACAGCGGAGGGAGCAAGAGCAAAUUUGCUCCCUCCUCGUUUCCCACGUCUUCUCUAUCUACAGUGCCAAACACUGUAUCUACAGUGCCAAACAGUAUAUUUGCUCCUUCAUUUCCUCCUUCCACUGUGGACGGUCUUGCACCACCUAAAAUGGGAAAAGGCACCCGCACCGCUCGGCCCAUGUUGCGAAUGCGGCCCGGUCCAGCAUGGAGAACCAGGCAGGCCCCUGAGCCGAGACUGCCGAGAAGCCCCAACGGCCCAACCGUCGUCCCGCACCCUGCCUGAGUCAGAAUAAAUAAAAAAAGGAAAAAAUCUCAAUUAGUUCCACUUCCAUCACACCAGCGCGAAAUCGUCUGCUUCUCCGCCGCCCUCCCUCUCCCACAAAACCCCCGCGGCCUCCCCGUCUCCGCAGCCCGCCGGAUCCCGAAUCCCGAUACAUCUCGCCGUCUUCGCGGCGUGAUGGGGGACACGAGGCCGAGAGCGUGGGAGGCGGGCGAGAGCUCGCGGGAUGCCAAAAGUCCGCGGCUGGACUUGCUGGCUUCGGCGGCGUUGGAGCAGAACGAUCUGUCGGGCUGGGACGAAUGGCCGGAGGUGACAGGCGACAAGGAUUGGUGCAAUCACGUCCCCACUGACAGUGCUCACAAGGAUAUUCUGGAUUCGUCGUUGCAAUCCGAUCACGCAGGGGUGUGUGCGGAUUGCCAGCGCGAGGUGGUAAAUGCCUGCUCGUGAAUAGCCGUAUCUUGGUGUGCCUGGAAUGCGGCCGGCAAUUCUGCGGGGAUUCAGAGCGUUAUGUCCCAUAUGGGCAUGCUCUGGAUCACGCCAAGCAUGAGCAGCAUUGGGUUGCUGCGAUGUUCGCUGAUCCGCAAGCUGGAUUCUGCUUCAAGUGUGGAACUGAAGUGUCUGUGUAUCCAGAGCAGGAGGAAAUGCCAGGCUUAAUUCAGGCAGGUGGUCAUGCGUUUGGAUUUGAUGUGCACAGCGGUCCUGUCAGUGGGGUACUGAAUCUCGGGUACACAUGGCAAGGCCAUGAGUUCGGAUCAGCUAAUGUGCAAGGCUAUGCUAUCAGAGGGAUACCGAAUCGCGGGAGCACAUGCUACGUGAAUGCAAUAGUGCAGUGCCUCCUUGUGCUUGAUAAGCUGUGGGCAAGGAUGUUAGGACCGGAUGCUCCGUCAGGUCAACUUGGCCUAGCACUAAUGGAGCUUUUUGUGGAGACAUGUGUGGAAGAUGCUGUGGGAGAAAUGCUGAACCCAGAUAAACUCUUGAGAAGGGUACGGUUACAUACUGUCAAGUUCGAAGCCUAUAGAAUGCAUGACAGCCAUGAACUGCUUGAGUCCUUGCGCAGUGCUUUGCAUAGCGAGGAAAAUGAAAUUGAGACUGCUAACAGGCAAAGAGGUGCUGCUACAGUAAUUGAUUCCAUUUUCAGGGGUGAAAUCUCUUAUACACGGUCCUGCAUUAGUUGUGGAUCUAGUCUGGUUUUACACGAUCAGUUCUAUGAGCUCGCACUGCCACUGCCAUCAAAGGAGCAUCCAUCCAGAAGUGCUGCAGUACCACAAACAAGCGAAUCUGUCAAAUCGCAACCAAAGAAAGAUGCUACUCAACUAAUUCCAGAAAAUGAGAAGAGUACCUCGGAAAAGAUACAAGAAGUUGCCAAAAGUGGUGAUUCUCAUAUUCUUGGUUCAGAAUUGAAAGAUGCGGUAUUGGAGAAAACACCUGAGCCUUUGGAAGUUGAUUCUUCUGAAGCGCAAUGUAUCUGGCAAAGCAAGGAUGUUAUACAGGAUCCUUUGGAGACUACGGAGGAUAAAGUGUCAUGUUCCGAACUUUCACAAGGGAUCAUUGAGGCGCCACCAAAGUCUGUUAGUUUUGUUCCACAGAACUUGUCUAGUGUCAAAGUUGAGCAAGUGAUUGAGAUGACAGCAGAUUCCUGCAGUCCAGAAGAUACGGUUCGACUUCCACUUGUUGCUACACUAAGUGAAAAUGGUGCACCGAUGGCAUUAGGCAGUUCUGUAGAUCAAAAUGGCAAUGCUGAUCCUGGUGAUCUAUUGAAUCAGCUGGAAGUUAGUAUACAAGCCAAGAAGAACACUUACACAGGACAAUUAACUGCAGAAGACAAAGGAAAUGCUCGGAGUAGAGAUGUUGUACAUGAUAAGGUGGUAGGUGUUAGCAGUAUUGUACCAUCAAUUGAGGACUGUCUAUUACUGUUUUUUAAAGAACAGGUGGUAGAACGGAAUUGUGAUGAUUGUCCCAAGGUUAUUGAGGAGCCAAGUACCAAUCAAAGUGAACAUGGUGGGCAGAUGGUGGCAAGUACCACUGAUAACACAUCAGUUGAUGGGAAUCAGACUGAACAGACAGACAGGUUAACAUGCCAAAUUGGGCAAUCUAUUGAACCAAACAGUUUGUCAGUAGAAUGCAAAUCUCCUUCAAGUAGGCAACAAGAUGAUUCUGAUGCAAAGAGUGAAAUUAUACAAACAGAGGAAGCUAAUACAGAAAGAAUAAAUUCUGGGAUGAGUUAUGGCGAUAAAGAAAUUGAAUGUCAUGAAGGUAUUCAAGAAGCUGUAAGUCAAAAUCUGGGAUGUUGCCUUCCAGCUGAGAAACAGACCGAUCUGUUGAGGUCUCAGCAUAGUCAAAAUCUUAGCACGCCAAAUCAGGACAGGAGUAAGCAAGUCAGGCUGGACCUUAGUGCAAGCCAGUUAGGAGACAACCAUAACAAACAGAAAGAGAGGAGUGGAUGUGCUAUUGAAACACCUCGUAUUACCAAGUUGCCAUCUGUAUUAACUCUUCAUAUUAUGAGGUACAUCAAGUAUGGCAAUGACCAUCAUAAAAAUGAAGCACAUGUGAGCUAUGAGGAGUACCUUGAUGUAGAGCAAUUCAUGGACCCCAGCUCCGUGGACAAAGAUAAAUCUUUGUAUCAUCUACCUGGUGUGGUGGAGCACCGUGGACCCUCCAUGAAUGCAGGACACUAUGUUGCUUACGUGAGAGCAAGGAGGCUUGGAAAUCAGGAACAGCAGAGCAGCUGCUCUUCCUCAUGGUUUUGGGCGGACGAUGGUCACAUCAGAGAAGUCACUCUAGAAGAAGUUCUCAAGCGUGAGGCAUACAUUCUUUUCUAUGAGAAGAUGGAAGGCUAAGACAUGGCUAGCGUAUGAUCUGACACAGCUCAUCAAAUAACAGUCACGAAAAACAUGCAAAUGAAUGAGAUUAGCUAGCCUUCUUUGGUUGGCAAUGAUUCAGUUAGUGUACAUGUUAGGCUCUGAUCAAGUCCAUUUUUGUUGUAGGGGGUCAAACUGACUGAAACUUGUUCGCAAUUAGAUCUUUUUGGCUGAUCUGGUCA